AUGUCACUUCUUUUAACUCCAACGAAGAUGGAAGCUUGGCUUCGACUCAAUGGCAAGUCCUCAACCGGACAGUUAGCCCUAUAUGGUAGCAGCGUUCUAGGCUUACUGCUCACUCUAUACUGGGCCGGUCUCGUAAUCUACCAUAUCUACUUCUACUCACUGGCAUCCUACCUCGGCCCCCUCCUAGCAAUAUCUACCCCAACUGAGAUCUUCACAAGUGCUUACAUGGUGACUCAUGAUGAGAAACAUUUCCCGGAUCCUUCCCAAUUUGAUCUAAAUAGAUGGCUCAGCAACAGCGCCCAAAAGACUAGUCAGCCGCUUUCUCUGGGGGCCAAAGCUUGUCUUGGGCCAAAGUCCUUGUACCCCGUUCUUCAGUCUGCUGACUGCUUUUCUCACACAUUUGUAACGUAA